GCGCUCAAUAAUUCUCUUCACCGAGCAGACAGUCUUUCAUUUUUGAAAUGAGCUAUGGAAUCGUUUCUCAAUGCAUCGAGAGCUGCUUUGACGCAAUUAUCGUCAUAUCAAACGAUACGCGUCAUCCUGGGAAAUCCAACCUGCGAUUUGGAUUCCGCUGUAUGUGCUCUUGUUCAGGGAUUAUUGGAAUAUACUGAAGCCAAACAACGCGAGCAAAAUGCUGUUGCCGUAAUACCAGUCAUGAAUAUUCCAGAAAAGGAGUUUCACAUUAAGACCGAGGUAGUCUACAGUCUAAAAGCUCACGGCGUCCCAUUGAAUCUAAUAACUUUCAGAGAUCAGAUCAAUUUGCAAAAUGUGCAGAAUGAUGCCGAAAAGAAGCUGGAACUGAUCCUAGUUGAUCAUCAUACUCUUUCAAAUGAAGAUGUUGUAUUAAAACCUUCAGUUGUAACAAUUAUCGAUCAUAGACCAUUGGAUCCAGCCUGGUCGUGGUCCAACAUACCAUUAACCAUAGAAACUGUUGGAAGUUGUGCUACUCUUGUUGCACGUAACGUUCUACAAAAACACCCUGAUAUACUAGAUGCUCAAAUAUCAAGCUUGUUACGAGGUCCGAUACUGAUUGAUACUUACAACAUGUCGGAUAAAGCUGGUCGGGCAACCGCUGUUGAUAUUGAUGUGUUAAACACUCUCGAACGACUUGGCGGGCUCACUUCUAAUAGAACAGAUACAUUUAUUGAACUAAUGAGAGCAAAAACAGACAUCAGCGAAUUAACUCUGGAAGAACUUAUGAUUAAAGAUUUGAAAGUAGUUAAUAACAUACCUCUUGUAGGAUUCUCUCUACUAGUGGAAAAUUUUCUCUUGAGAGAAAAUGCCAGAGAAACAAUUGAAAAGUUCACUAACGAUAGAAAUUGCACUGUCACUAUUCUCAUCGGUCAAGAUUUGAGCAGCGACUGUGUAUUCAGAGAUAUUGCAGUUUUUUGGUCGACAUCAUCUAGUCAGUUGGGAAGCGAUAUGAUCGAAGCGUUGACUUCCUGCACCCAACCAUGUUUGAAUUUAGAUCUGAUCAAAGAGAUUCGAAGCGAAAACUAUAAUCUGUACUUGUAUAAGCAGAAAAAUGUGAAAAUAACACGUAAACAGAUACUACCGAUUGUACAGAAAACAUCGUUGCAAUACACACAUGCAUGAAAAAAUAUUUAAAACCAACGUUUCUGGAAUACGGAGAUUUUGUAGGAUCGCAAGAGUGAUAUAAAAAUAGA